AUGGAAGGUCCAUCGAUUGUCAUCGGUAUUGAUUUCGGAACCACUUAUAGUGGUAUUGCGUAUUGCGUCGGAGGAUCAAUUGAUGAUAUCCAAGUAAUAUCCAAGUGGCCAGGCGGAGGCAACAGAAUAUCCGUGAAGGUGCCCUCGGACAUAUCAUACAAAGGAGGAAAACCGUUGCAAUGGGGAUACCAACUUGGGCCCUUUGCGGAGGCCUGUCGCGGUAUCAAGCUUCUACUCGAGGAGGACCAGGAGGUCAAGUACACUCCAUCGAUAGAGUCCAAGGCAAUGCUGAAGAAGCACAAAGUCAAUCCCCAGCAAGCAGUGACGGACUAUUUAAAACAGGUGAUCAAGCACGCGAAACGAGUCCUCCAGCGCCAGCUUGGGGUGGACGCAGCUCAGAUGAACUUGCACUUUGUCGUCACUGUACCUGCAAUGUGGUCACUCAAAGCCAAAUACAUGACACUAGAAGCUUCCGUUGGGGCUGGGGCUGAUGGGAGGAAUAUUUCCGUGGUUACAGAGCCAGAGGCAGCUGCUCUUCAUGCUCUGCGUGCAGUUCAGCCAAAUACUCUUGCUAAAAACGACAUCUUUAUCGUUUGUGACGCCGGUGGAGGUACUGUGGACCUGAUAUCAUACCAAAUCAAGAAGCUCGAACCCUUAUGCCUCGCCGAGGUGACCGAAGGAACAGGCGAUGUCUGUGGGUCUGUUCUUCUCGAUGGCAGAUUCGACGCGCUGCUGCGAGAGAGAAUGGGAGAGAAGGCAUACACGGCCCUAUCUCGCAAGUCAGAGGAAACUGCCAUGACCUUUUGGCAAGAGAGGGUUAAGCCAAACUUCAUGGGCGACCACGACGAGGAUUUCUCCCAGGUUGAGCAUUUCAUCCCAGUAGCAGGAGCUGCCGAUGACUUUGAGGCACUAAUUGAGGACGGCUUUUUCUUGCUCACCAAGUAUGUUACUGCCUGCCUCACUUACCAGAGCCAGGCCCUAAUGAAUUACAGCGACGACAUCAAAGAUAUCUUUGAUCCAGUCAUUGAGGAUAUCGAGAAGCUGGUUGAUCAGCAAAUGUCGGCGGUUAGAGGAAAGGGCCUCUCCGCAAAGGCAAUCAUUUUGGUCGGCGGCUUUGGCGGAUCAGAAUAUCUCUUCCAAAGACUGGACAAGAUGAAUCCAGGCGUGACCAUACUCCAGCCUCCGAAUGGAUUGAUAGCAGUCGCCAGUGGUGCUGUCCAGAGCGAACUCGGACGGAACCAGAUCGAAAGUCGCAUUGCGCGCCGCCAUUACGGAACUGAGAUGAGUAUCCCAUACGAUCGGGCGAUCCAUAGUGCAGAGGAUCCUCGCAAAUUCUGGGACUCGCUUGAGGAAACAUACAAGGUGGGUGAGCAGAUGAGAUGGUUCAUCACCAAGGUAAGUGAAUUAGGGCUCCCACUUGCUAUACAUAAUCGCCAACUCAACCAGUCAUCGGAGCUCUCAGAGAACCGUCCCAUUAAGAUGCGGUUCUCCAAAAGCGUGAGAGUCAAAAAUCCUGAGCAUUUGAUAUUCCGGUCUCCCCUUUUAUUCUGCAAUAACGACAAUGCACCAGACGUCUUGAACACCGGAGUUCUGCGCUUGUGUGAAGUGGAGGCGGAUCUACGCCAGAUUCCCCAGACGCUCUUUGAGCGGAAGAAGAAUUCACAGGGCGUGGAAUACUUCUAUGUCCCUUUUACAUUAGCCGUAACCCCGACCUCUGCGUCUUUAAUCUUUGAGUUGGAGUUCAACGGUGUGUCCUACGGAAGCGUGCAAUCCAAAUACUAG